CUCCAUAGCCUUGAGAAAUUAUGUAGAGAGAUGUAGGGCAUCACCACGAGUGAUGAUCAUGUGCUGGAUGAAGUUUCGAACAUUGUUUCUCAUUAUUGGAUUUUGCGGAAUCGUUUUGUUGAUUAUACAGGUACAUCUGACUCCCGAUCACGAUGAAACUUCAAUUUCCAAAGAUGAGCCAGUGAUACUCUGGUGGACGCCCUUUGGAUCCGAUGGUGCCUCCAGGACAUGUGGACAAUUCCGAUGUCAUUUCACGCAAAAUCGAAGUCAUCGGAAUCAUCAUAAUCUAAAGGCUAUUUUAUUUUAUGGAAGCAAUCUGGAGGUUAAUGAUCUGCCGAUCCCUCGAGCCCCUGGCGUCCAAUGGGGAUUACUCCACGAAGAAUCACCCAAAAAUAAUUUAAUGUUUGUUCACGAGGAAGCACUCAAAUUAUUUAAUUAUUCAUCGACAUUCAGUAGAUUCAGUGAUGUACCUCUAACGCUCGUUGACCUGCCAGGAGAGGAGGAGUUAUUGGACAAAAAAUUUUUCACACCAACAAAUGAGAAAAAUAGACUGGUAAAGGAGGAGAAUCGCGCUCCUCUGCUUUACCUCCAAUCAAACUGUGAUACCCUCAGUGACAGGGAUUUAUAUAUCUCCGAAUUGAUGAAGUACAUUCGUGUUGAUGCUUUUGGAGCUUGUCUAAACAAUCGAAAUCUCCCGGACGAUUUGAGAAAGAAUUACAUCGAGAAAUUGCACAGUGACAAGCUGAAAAAAUUCGUCGGGAAGUACAAAUUCACUCUGGCAUUCGAAAAUGCUGUCUGCGACGAUUAUAUCACUGAAAAGCUAUGGAGACCUUUAAUUGUAGGGUCUGUACCUAUUUAUUACGGUUCUCCAACGUUCAAAGAUUGGCUGCCAAAUGAUUCUUCAGCUAUUGGAGUGCAGGACUUUGAGUCUCCGAAACACCUGGCCGAAUUUUUACAGCAAUUAGUGAAGAACGACACAGCAUAUGAGCAGUAUUUACGGCACAAAUUGACAAAAACUGGAAUUUCCAAUGACAGGCUGUUGAAAAAUUUGAGGAAAAGACCUGAGGAGAUCGUUAGUGUGUUUGAAUACUAUCUUCGAACUUUUGAAUGUCAAGUCUGUGCGAAAAUCCAUCGGAAUGAGUCGCGAAAGCUUACGAGGAAAGAAUACCGCUGUCAGAAACCGGAUGGGAGGUUCAAUUUCAAUGGGAAUAAUGUGGAAAACUCGUGGAUUGACGUCUGGAAUGCGGAAAAAUGCACUGGAAAAUUACUUACUGAAUAUUUGUUGAAAAAUAAGAGCUUCCUUGGGAGAGACUUUAAUACGAAAAAAAUGGAGAUGUAUAGAAAUAAUCAAUGCUGAGGAUAUUUCUACAUUUGUGUGGCUGCCUACCUGGUGUCUGUCUGAUGAUAAUGUAUCGUCUGCAGAUAUCGGAAUGAUUUUGAACAAUUGUAAAAUAUCUGAACGAAGUCCGUUUUUCGGAAUAAUAACAAAUUCUCUUUUUAGUUCCGA